AUGGGCUCAGUCCAAAAUGAAACCGCAACCGCAACGGCCGAUAAGCGGGCUAUUUUCUUCUUCGACAUCGACAAUUGCCUCUAUCCAAAGUCCAGAAAAGUUCAUGAUCACAUGGCGCUCCUGAUCAACAAGUACUUCGUGACACAUCUCGACAUGUCGGCCGAGGAGGCGACGUACCUACACCACAAAUACUACAAAGACUACGGCUUAGCUAUCGAGGGCCUGUCGCGCUUCCAUAAGAUUGAUCCCCUAGAUUUCAAUCGAGAAGUCGAUGACGCAUUACCGCUGGAUGAGCUCCUGUCGCCGCAUCCUGAAACAAGAGCGAUGCUGGAGUCUUUCGAUAAGUCAAAAGUCAAACUGUGGCUCUUUACGAAUGCGCAUAUUACCCACGGCACACGUGUCGUGAAAUUACUGGGGAUCGACGAUCUUUUCGAGGGCAUCACAUACUGCGAUUAUUCUCAACAGCCACUCGUUCCCAAGCCACUUCCGGAGAUGUUCACCAAGGCAGAGCGGGAAGCUGGCGCAACACCAGAGACCCCCAUUUAUUACGUGGACGACUCCUAUCUGAAUUGCCGAGCAGCAUACGAGCGUGGAUGGACCAAUACCGUCCAUCUGGUCGAGCCGGGCGUGCCCGAUCCACCAGAAAAGGCGAGCAAGUAUCAAAUUAGCGAUCUCUCGCAACUUCUGGAUUUAUUUCCCGAGCUUUUGAAGACCAGUAACGGUUCGGUUUAG